UCUCUCCUGAUUGGCUGCCCGGCUGCUUCCGUGUUGUCAUUCAUUUCCAGCUCCUCCCCCUUUCGCAUCCACAGCUGAAGCUCCGUGCCGGACGCCUCCCGGUCAGUAUCGGGGCAGCGCGGCGCUGACGGGAGCUCGGACUUUGCGUGACUUUCUCCGCGUUCGUCCGCGGUACCGAGCCAGUUUCGGCUCCACGGGACUUGAACGAGAUGUGGCGUGGCCGCGCUCGGAAAGGACGGAGGCGUCUCAGCGCGUUGGACAACGCCGCGGAAUCCUGAGGAAACUUUAAAUCCCCCCGUGCGCCGUCGCGUUCAAGGUGAGAGCGGCGCGUCUUCGCUCUCUGCGCGUGUCUCAUAACUGAAGCAGCCUUUUUUUAUUAUUAUUCAACUACAUGGUGUGAUUUCAACUGCUGGCUCUCCUGCACUGAACUCCGUUCCAGCAGCACGUCUGCCCCGUGGAACCAGUUCCUCUAGCUUUUGCGCAGAGUUUCGACGGCCGCUCGCGUGACGCACAGGUGAACCGCUAAAGACUUGUUAAAAGACAAUAAUGGCAGGUCUGAGCAAUGCCCACAUGAAAACCCUGGAGGACCUGACGCUGGACUCCGGCUACGGGGCCGGGGACUCCUGCAAGUCCCUCAGCCUGUCCUCGUCCAAGUCCAACUCCCAGGCCUUCAUGACGGCCCCGCACCGGGGCAACUGGUGGUACUACUCCGGCUCCAUGAACAGCAGGAACAACAGCUGGGACACCGUCAACACCGUCCUCCCGGAGGACCCGGAGGACAUCUUCUCCAGAUGCCCCCGCUUACCGGACCUGGAGGAGUUCCCCUGGACCGAGGAGGAGGUGGCCAAGGUGCUGCGCAAAGUGUCCGACAGCGGCGGCACCGAGGGCGCGCCGGCGCCCGUGUUCUCCCCGGAGGCCGUGAGGCGCCUGUCCGCGCUCCUCCGCCGGGCUCUGAUCCGCGUCUCCAGAGAGGCCCAGCGGCUGAGCGUCAUGCACUGCCGCUGCACGCGCUUCGAGGUGCAGAGCGCCAUGAGGCUGGUGCUGAGCUGGGCGCUGGCCGACCACUGCGUGUCGGCCACGGUCAAGGCCAUAUCCAUGUACAGCAUGAGCGCAGGGGAGCUGCUGAGGAAGGGCAAGUCGGCGCGCUGCGGCCUCUCCUUCUCCGUGGGGCGCGUCUUCCGCUGGAUGGUGGACACGCGCAUCUCCGUGCGCAUCCACGAGUACGCGGCGAUUUGCCUGACCGCCUGCGUGGAGGCUCUGGUGGAGGAGGUGGGCGCGCGGGUGCUGAUGGCGGAGAGGGGUCACCCGGGUCCGGAGUCGGGGUCAGGAGGCGGCGCGGUGAGCGCGGAGGUUCUGGAGGGGGUGGUGAACAACGACGCGGAGCUGUGGGGGGUCCUGCAGCAUUACGAGCAUCUUAUCUGUGGGAAGAACGCCAACGGUGUCCUGUCUCUUCCGGCCCAUUUCAGUCCCUACACCGAGAACCAGCAGACGUCGGUGGACAGCAGGGAGGAUGCCUAUGCCCAGCUGGAGCUGAGGACGCUGGAGCAGUCUCUGCUAGCGACCUGCGUGGGCAGCAUCUCUGAGCUGAGCGACCUGGUGUCCCGUGCGAUGCACCACAUGCAGCGCCUCAGCUCUGUGCGCCCGGGCCUGAGCCCGGCCCGCUACGCCCGGCCCCAGCAGCCCGUGUCCUGGUCGCCCGACGCCCUCCACACCCUCUACUACUUCCUGCGCUGCCCACAAAUGGAGUCCAUGGAGAAUCCCAACUUGGACCCCCCACGCAUGGCGCUCAGCAAGGAGAGGCCGUUCCUGCUGCUGCCGCCGCUAAUGGAGUGGAUGCGGGUGGCCAUCGUCCACGCCGAGCACCGCAGGAGCUUGUUGGUGGACAGCGACGACGUCCGACAGACCGCCAGGCUCCUCCUGCCCGGGCUGGACUGUGAGCCGCGGCAGCUGAAGCCUGAGUGUUGCUUUAGUUCCUUCAAGCGUCUGGACUCCAGAGCCGCCACCGACAAGUUCCACCUGGACCUGGGCUUCCGGAUGCUGAACUGCGGACGCACGGAUCUCAUCGGACAAGCCAUCGACCUGCUGGGGCCGGACGGGGUCAACAGCAUGGACGACCAGGGAAUGACUCCUCUGAUGUACGCCUGUGCAGCUGGAGACGAAGCUCUGGUGCAGAUGUUGAUAGAUGCAGGGGCCAAUCUCGACGUAGCGGUUCCCCCCUGCUCCCCCAAACACCCCUCUGUUCAUCCCGACAGUCGACACUGGGCGGCGCUCACCUUCGCUGUGCUGCAUGGACACAUCUCCGUGGUGCAGCUUCUUUUAGAUGCGGGGGCCAACGUGGAGGGGGCCGCAGUCCGCAACGGGCAGGAGAGCACCGCGGACACGCCGCUGCAGCUGGCGUCGGCAGCAGGCAACUAUGAGAUGGUGAGUCUGCUCCUGGCACGCGGCGCCGACCCGCUAUCCAAGAACCACGACGGCAACGCCCUCACCUCCUCCCUCUAUGAAGACAUGAACUGCUUCAGCCACGCCGCCGCCCACGGCCACAGGAACGUGCUGCGGAAGCUGCUGACUCAGCCGCAGCAGGCGAAGGAGGACGUCCUGUCGUUGGAGGAGAUCCUGGCCGAGGGGGUGGAGGGCGAGGAGGCCGCCGUGUGCCCCUUCCUCCCCCUCUCCCCCCUCGGGCCGGCGGCGCCGCCCGAGCCGGGCCUGCCCAGGCUCUGCAGGGCCCGCAUGAAAGCCCUGCAGGAGGCCAGCUACUACAGCGCCGAGCACGGCUACCUGGACGUCACCAUGGAGCUGAGGGCCAUGGGCGUCCCGUGGAAGCUGCACGUGUGGCUGGAGUCCCUGCGCUGUGCCCAGCAGCAGUCCAGAGCCGGCGUCACCCUCUCGCUGCUCAGGGAGUUCACCACCAUGAGGGAGGAGGACUACUGCGAGGAGCUGGUCACGCUGGGCCUGCCGCUCAUGUUCAGCAUCCUGCGCGGCACCAAGAACGAUGCCAUUGUGCAGCAGGUAGCUGCUAUUUUUAGCCACUGUUUUGGCCCAGCACCGCUUCCAGCUGUUCCUGAAGUCAAGGCCACGCUCUCAGCGCAGUUGGACCCCCACUUCCUGAACAACCAGGAGAUGUCGGACGUGACCUUUGUGGUGGAGGGGAAGCCGUUCUACGGCCACCGAGUCCUGCUGAUCACAGCCUCUGACCGAUUCAAGGCUCUGCUGGCCUCUGCCAGACCAGACGGAAGCCCCAACAACGAAAUCGAAAUCGUUAACGUCAAGUACAAAAUCUUCCAGAUGAUGAUGUCAUACCUGUACUGUGGCGGAACAGAGUCACUGAAAACAAAUGUGUCAGACUUGUUGGAGUUGCUGGCAGCUGCCUGCUCCUUCCAGUUGGGGGCGCUGCAACGGCACUGUGAACUCAUCUGCUCCCAGCACAUCAACCUGGACAAUGCAGUCAGGAUCUACAGGACAGCGAAGGCCCACGGUUCGGUGGAGUUGUGCUCAUUCUGCGAGGGGUACUUCCUGCAGCACAUGUCUGCUCUGCUGGAGAGAGAGGACUUCCGGUGCCUGCUGUUCGGCUCCGCUGGGACCCGACAGGGGAACAACUCCACGUCUAUGCUGGUGCACAUUCGGGCCGAGUCGCCUCUGGAGGAGCUGGAGGCCACGCUGGCUCGGCGACUACGCUCGCUCUACGUCACGUCUCGGGUCUGAGGACGGAUUGGAUGCUGAGGAGAGAGCAGAAAUAAGCAAGAGAACGUGGCAGUGGAACCUGCUACAACCCAUCACUGAUCGCUGAGUACAGACGUACUGGGAACAGACCAGUGACCUAUUCUGCAGCAUUUAGUUAUUGCUCUAUAAUGCAGUGUUUUAUAUUUUUAGUAUUUUGCUCCGUCUUUGUGUUUAUUGCGGCGUGAAGAAGAACCCUGAACUACACAGGACGUUUCUCCAAGGCUCAGGAAGCUUAGACGGAGACUCAGAGGACGUACGCAACAGGCGGCAACGCUGAAUCAUGAAACACUGCUGCCCUCUAGUGGUCAGAGCCGACAGGGCAGGAUGUCUGGCAGGAUUGGGAUCAGCGUCGGCCCCUGGUUAUGACUGAAGUAAAGAGGCAAACGACUGAAGGAUCAAGAGAGGCGGCCAUGCUGGACUUUUUGGCUUUGUCCCAUUUCAAUUAAGAGCCAGAGGAUGAAAAGCUGAUCUGGAUGAACACACGUACAAUAAGCGUGUAGUUUCCAUUUCAACAGGGAAAAGGAGACACUUUUUACAGACUGAGCUGGACAUUUUCUAUUUAAUGAGGGGAAAAAAAAGAGUAUUUAACGGGGCGAUCCCUUUUAUUGUUAUUUUUUUUAAUUCAUGUUAAUUGAUAAUAUUGUUAUAAAAGUUGCUUUUGCGUAGCCUUCGUUUUUCCAGGGGCACUAACAGUUAAUUAAGCUCAUGUAUACAGCAGUUCGACGCCUCUACACAGGUACAGCAGCAGAAUCUAAGUCUGUUUUAAUACUGCACAUUAUAAUAAACCUGGUUAACGAGA